GCGCAGCUGUCCACAGCGGGACUUUCCUUCCUGCUGGACGAGUCGGACACCGUCCUCGCGUAUGAAAACAAAGGAAAGAGCAAUGAACUGAGACAACAGGGUCACGACCCUCUAAUGUCUGCUCUGGAUAACUUGAACAGAGUUCAGCAGCUUGAGAUCAUCCACGGCUACAAUGACCUGAAAACUGAGCUGAAGGACUUCCUGCAGACGUUUGCAGCUGAAGGAAAGGUGGUGACUUCUGAUGACAUCCGUCAGUUCUUUGAACAACAAAGUCGCAAAAGACGUCGAGUAGACGCCGCACCUUUCUACUGCUCCUGAUCUGUCCUCCUUCAGUCGGGAGCCUUUUAUUUCACACAUGUUUAAUGCUUUCAUCACCAUAAAUGUUUCUGUUUGUAACAAAAUUAAACAUCGUCGGAGCAACA